AUGACGAUGAACGCGCCGUUAAGGUGGAACAAUAGGAGACAGAGGGUGUUCAAAUCUGUCUUUGACACAGAAAUUUUGCAACCCACUCCCUAUUCGACACCCUCGCAAAGGUUCUCAGGCCGAGGUGAGCCAUUUGGUGGCCCACCUCCCUCACCACUGCCACCACUACACCAUCAGUCACCAGCCCGCCCGCACUUUCCCAGCAGUAGCAAGGCCUUGGACCUUCAAGGAUCACCUCCAUCGACACGUUUAAGUGCGAGUGCGCCCUCUCCUACUCAGGCCAGCGAUCAAGUUCGUUGGGACCGGGCGUGGCAUGUUGUAACGACCCGUAUUCAGCUACCCCCUUCGGUCGCCGCAGAAGACUCCUUCGGCAACCUGGCUCCCGAAUCGCAGGACUAUGAUGCGGAAUUCUACGAGAGUCUAAACCUGGUACUGCAUCCCAUGAGGCAUGCCCAGCACGCCACUCACACCGAAGACAUUCUUGCCUGGCACACCCAGCAGGUUCGCCACCACUUUGCCCACCACGUCCUGCCCCUGCUCUCUGCAUGCAACAGCUACGGUGACCAGGGGCAAGUGCUCCUUGGAAGCAUCCAUACUCUAGAAGCGGCGCACCGCCAAUAUCUCUAUGGUUUGUCCCUCAUCGUGCGGGGUCUCGACAGCAAAAAUGCAGACAUUGCGGUUGAUAAGUUCCGGCGGGAUUUGCACGCUGUCAUCGGCAACUCCAUGUCCCAGGCGCUUAUGGAAUCCCUUCGGGCUGUUCUGGGCCGCUUGAUGAGGGUGAUUCUGCCCAUGCAGGCCCAGUCUUCCUCCGGACGAUCUUGGGAGACUGGCCUGCAAGGGGAGAACCAGGCAGCAACAACGGCAGCGGCAGCGCGCCAGGAGCUACUUCAAAUGGUUGAGGCGCUGCACAAAGCUGGGCUCGCCGGAGAGAAGUUUGAAGUCCUAUUCGCUGAGCUGAUGGAUGCCAUCAUGGUUGAGCACAUCAAGACAUCCUUCGCCGGGGUUUGGACGCAGUCGAAAGCGGGUAACGGGAAGGAUGCGCCGCGGUCGUCUUUAUCGUCUCGUGCGGCGAAGCUGGGUACCCCCUCACGCUGCAUUGCUGCACUCAAUGAUUGGGUGGAAAACCACUACGCACGGCUAGCCGUCGAGGUGUUUGCUCGCUUGGGAAGCGGGGAGAUUGCCUGGGGCGAUGUCGAAAAGUGGAAGGAGAUUGCAACCGGAAGAUUGGCAGUCAUGCGCAUACAUGAGCUUUUUGACAUUGUGUUGCAAUGGCCCGAGAGCAAAGGGGCGUUGGAUGACCUGCGGAUGGCCAUCACAACUCCGCAGAGACGGUUACAGUUGACAGAUACAUUUUCGGCGGCACUGCAAAAACGCCUGUUACACCCUGGACGGUCAACCCUGGACAUACUCCGCGUGUACAUUUCGAUGAUCCGGACUUUCCACGUCCUGGAUCAUUCCAAAGUACUCCUAAGCCGAGUGGUUCACUCCCUUCAGCUCUACCUAUGUCAGAGAGAUGAUGCUAUUCCUAUUGUUGUUACUGGCCUUUUGUCCAACCCUGAUGACAUCAGCACAGAGGCUGGCAAAAGCAAGCUUGUUGAGUUGGCGGUCCUUCUUAAUGACCCGUCCCAACAACGGCGUCCAGCGACAGACGAUGAGGAUCUGGAUUGGGAUGACAUGGAGUGGAUUCCCGACCCGGUUGAUGCCGGUGUCAAUUACAAGCGCCCCAAGUCAGAAGAUGUCAUUGGCACUCUCAUCAAUGCUCUGGGCUCGCAGGACAUUUUUAUCAAAGAGUUUCAGCACAUUAUUGCGGAAAGGCUAUUGUCUACACAAACCGAGUUCCCGCAAGAAAUCAGAGUGCUCAAUCUCUUAAAGAGGCGCUUCGGAGAGAACGCCUUGCAAAACUGCGAUGUCAUGAUCAAGGACAUUCAAGACUCGAGGAGAGUCGACUCUAUCAUAUCCAAGACCAUCAGAACAGGCUACAUUGGCGGGCCUCCUCGUAGAUCCAAGGAUCUUCCAUCUUAUCACACAAAGAUCCUAUCUCGACUCUUCUGGCCCAGUCUGGAUAGAGAGCACUUCAUCCUUCCUCCACCAGUCGUCGAGAUUCAAAGUCGUUAUGAUGAAGAGUUUGAGCACCUCAAGUCUUCUCGAAAGCUCACGUGGCUCAACAAUCUCGGUAAUGCCACUGUGAACUUGGAUUUGGAAGACCGCACGAUUGAGAAAGAAUGCAAAACCUAUGAAGCGGUCGUUAUCUACGCCUUCCAAGAAGAUGAAUCCUAUACUGGGCCAUUUCCAUUUAGGCGGACAGUCAGCCAGCUUGAGGAAACGCUCCAGAUGGAUGAUGAUCUCAUUCGCUCUGCCAUAUCCUUCUGGGUCGGCCAACGCGUCCUUCGUGAGAUUGAUCCCGGUGCUUUUGCCGUCCUCGAGAAGCUGGAGGACGAUGCCGACGCAGGCGCAGCGGCUACUGGGCCCUCCCCUGCCGGAGCUCUGGCCCCUGAAUCGGGCGAUUUGUCUCCAAAGAAGCCUGCCGCCAUGGACAGCAAGGAGAAGGAGAGGCGGCAGGUUUACUGGCAGUUUAUCGUAGGCAUGCUUACCAACUCGAGCCCGGCCAUGCCACUUUUUCAAAUUGCGAUGAUGAUGAAGAUGCUCAUCGCGGACGGUUUUCCCUGGAGCAACGAGGAGCUGCAAGAGUUCCUCGGCGAGAAGAUUGCAGGAGGAGAGUUGGAGUUGGUUGGGGGCAAAUACCGACUUCCUAAGAAAUGA